AGAAGACGAAUACGAAGAUGAAGAAGAAGAAAGCGAAAACGGAAAAAAACGAAAACGACAAAGAAGAAGAAAACGAAGAAGAAAACGAAGAAGGAAAGUAAAUAACAAUGUGCAGGUUUGCAAUUUCCUGCACAUGCGGAGGAUACUUCUGCUUUCUACCACAGUAGCCGCAAUACAGUUUUCAUUGAUACAUCGCAAAAUAUUUGGCUACUUUGCAGAUUCAGUACAUUUAUUUAUACAUUUGUUUAGUCAACAUGUCGGGAAUACCACCAGAUACCUGGCAGCCACCCACAGUGAGCCUGGAGACAACAAUGGGUACAAUUGUAGUGGAACUGUACUGGAGACAUGCUCCCAAAACGUGCAAAAACUUUGCUGAGUUGGCCAGGAGAGGUUACUACAACAACACCAAGUUUCAUCGAAUUAUCAAGGACUUCAUGGUGCAGGGAGGAGACCCCACAGGAACAGGUCGUGGUGGUGCCUCCAUAUUUGGCAAACAGUUUGAAGAUGAACUAAACCCUGACUUGAAAUUCACAGGUGCAGGGAUCUUAGCAAUGGCCAAUGCAGGACCAGACACCAACGGAAGCCAGUUCUUCCUGACCCUGGGGCCUACUCAGUGGUUGGAUGGGAAGCACAGUAUCUUUGGGAGGGUGUGCCAAGGUAUAUCAGUUGUCAACCGCGUCGGCAUGGUUGAGACGAACUCACAAGACCGACCUGCCGAUGACAUAAAAAUCCUCAGGACAACUGUACCCAACUGAUACUCAUUCAUACAACCAGCAACUACUUUCUUGUACAGUAAUUUUGUCAUGAUUUAUGCCUUUGAUUAAUUUUGUUAUUCUCAAAUCAAUAAUGUAGCCUAACCAUUGUGGUCAUUAUCACUAAAAUGAUUGAGUGACAUGGUAGAAAUGACACACUUGAGAAUAUGCCUGAUGUUUAUCUAAUGAUUGCAGAUAAAUCUCAACCUGAAACUUGAACAGACUACCACUGGAGGGAGACAAACAACACAACAUACAGUAAUGUUGGUCUUUUUCAUAAGACAUGAUAUUUAUUAAAAAAUAUUUUAAAAGCCUA